AAACGCCGACGGCGGCUGUGCCGGUCGGUAGCUGUGCGAAGGGGGCGGGGCGGCGGGCGCCAUGGCGGGGGUGCGGUUAGUGCCGGCGGAUGGGGGCUGCGCUGUGGCUCUGCCGCCCGGGGAGACCGUGCUGGGAAGAGGCCCCGUGCUGGGAAUUACAGAUAAGCGAGUAUCCAGAAAACAUGCCAUAUUGGAAGUGGAGGAUGGCCAGGUUCGCAUCAAGCCGAUUCAUGUAAAUCCAUGCUUUUAUCAGUCCCCUGAGAAUGGCUGUCUUCUACCACUGGAGGCACAUGAAUGGCACCCCCUGAAAGUCGGUGAUAGCUUUUCCUUGUUGGUGGACAAAUACAUUUUCAAGGUCCUUUCUGCUCAUCCUGUGGAGAGCACAGUAAGAAAAAGUCAGGAGACUAAUGCAGAAGAUAUACCAAGCAUUCUCUCUAUUAAUAUGUCUUGUAGUCCAUCUUUAAUAGAACCAGCAUGUUCCAGUUCUGAGAUACAGGGAACCACAAAAAUAAGAAAAAAUGAGACUACUUCCAGACAUUUGGUGCCGCCUCCUGAUGAUCAUGAAAGCGAACAGCUAAAAUCUAUUCAAAGAAAGAGAGUGCUUCCAUCCUGGAUGCUGGAAGGAAACCUCAUGGUUCAGAGACUUUCUGACCCUGAAAUGAAAGAAGGUGGUGGAAUUAAAAGAGACGAAGGAAGGGGAGGAAGUAAUAUAGAAUCAUUAAAAAGAGAAAUAAAUAUGCAGAAGAGAACAAGAUUGACUUCUGAAGAAAUUGCAGAGGCUCAUGAAGUUGAAGAGCAGUAUCAAGGGAAAAAGGGCUGUUUUUCCAUCACUGUCCCUUCCUCUCAGAAUACAUCUGAAUUUCCUCUUGAGAGUACCAUAAGAAACAUGGAAGGAAAUGGCAAGACUGAAACAAAAAACCCUGGAAAUUCUAUGGAACAAAAUGAUAGACAGCUGCAUAAUAAAAGAUCUAAAGCAACAGGUCAGAUCUCCAGUAAAAAAAGUAGAAUUGAGGAAACAGAAAAGAAAGAACAGAUUACUGGUUCUACAAGCCAGCAAGUUUACUGGAGCAGAACUUCUCCGUAUUAUGGUGCUGAGGAAGGGUCUCAUGAGCCUGAUGCAAAUUUGGAUUACAAGACUGAAAUUUGUGAUUCAACCAGAAGCUUUGAUGCUUCAGAGAGCUCCAAACAGAUCAAGCGUAAGAGGACACCUUGCAUGUAUGGAGCAGGCUGUUACAGGAAGAAUCCUGCUCACUUUCAGCAGUUCAGUCACCCUAAUGAUGAUGAUUAUAAUGAGACAGACAUCAUAACACAACCUGACAGUGAUGACCGGCCUGAAUGUCCUUAUGGAACUACUUGUUACAGGAAGAAUCCACAACACAAGCUAGAAUACAAGCAUAGCGCACCUCCAGUAAUUGAAAGAAGAACACGACGGAGAACUUCAAAGAAUGGAAAAAGGGCUUUGGAGGAAGACAGUGACAAUGAUGGUGAACCAAAUGAAUAUGAUCUUAAUGACAGCUUUAUAGAUGAUGAAGAGUGCGAAUCUACUGAUGAAGAUUCUGACUGGGAACCAAAUUCAGAAGAAAAGGAGAAUGAAGAUGUUGAAACACUUUUGAAAGAAGCACACAGAUUUGUUAAUACCAAAAAGUAGCUGCACUUAACACCAAGAACUCCCUCUCCAGUUGAAUUAAAACAUGAGUGUGUGAGAAGGGGAACUGCUUUGAAAACUGUUUUUUUUUCCCCUCAGUGAUGAAGGCACUAUGGGAAGAUUUUGGUGGGGAGGGGAGGAGAGGACUGAGCAAUACCUUUUGUUUCAUAUAUAUUGUUUUGAUCUUUGUUUUCUUAAGUGGUGGUGUCUAGUGAUUGAGCAGCCAUAGUUUUUUUAUGGAAGUUUCUCAUCUGUUUCUUUUCCAACACUGUUUGUAAGGGUGAGGCGGGGGCACUGCCUGGACUCCCAGCAGGGACAGAUACCCAAACACAAGGCAUGCGAUGGUCGAUAUGGAGCAUUUAUUACCUCUGCGUCAGAAUGGGGGUUCCUUGGCAUUUUCCUGAUCAAGGCAGUAAUGGAGCGGGGGAUCCCUGGCACUGCUGAGCAUCGGUCCAGGGUGAGGAAUACUGUUGAUGCUCCUUUUCCCACAGGACGGUCUGGCUAGCUGCCAUCGUCUCUCUCCUCGACACUCUUCCGCACUUUCCCAUACACUGUUAGCGUCUCAUAGCUUGAGGUACAAUUUUAAAGGUUGUUACGCUUCAUCGGUCUGUGCUUGAAGUAAAUAUUGGCAUUAGGAAAGCCUUUAGUUUUGCUAAAGCAUAGUAUGUACUGUGCUGAAUGAAGGGGGAGUUGCACUUCACACCUGCAGGAGCACAAACUAGUUCUUGACUAUCAGUGGGGAAUCUGUCAAAAUCAAUUUUAAUGUUCUUUUGAAUUAGUGUAACCUUAAAUUUCAUUAGUCUGCUCAUAGCUUUCCUUUAGGUGUUAUUUCUUUGAUGCUCUUGAUGUAUUGUAGCUAAAUACAGGCUAAGUAACUUGGGAGCAGUAUCUAAGUGUACUGAACCUCCAGUUAUGUCCCAAAACAAAUUCUGGAGUAUUUGCUCUAAUCACAGUAUCUCUCUCAGUACAGGAGCAUCACUGGAAUUGUAUUCAGUUUUACAGGAGCAUCACUGGAAUUGUAUUCAGUUUUACAGCAAAGAUGAAAUUUUAAUGACUGGGUUUUUUUACACAGAAAACAAUUAAACUUAUAAUUGGUAUACUGUAGGAAAAAUUUGUAA